AUGUCUGCUGCGCUCGACGACGGCGUCAGCGUCGAUUCCUUACCAGUCUCUUCCACACCUAAUCUCAAGCGACUACCCUGCAGGUCUCGUCAUCCCUUUCCUUGGGAAACACCUGGACCUAAGCCCAUCCUUACGUCCUCCGACUCCUGUGACAUAUCAUCAUCCAGAGCGCUGACAAUUGACACUCCUUGGACCGACUCGUUGACACAACUAUGGAUCGACGUGUCCAUUAAACCGUACGAACGAGAUCUUGAACAUAAGAUCCCUAUGGACCGUACGCUCUUUCCAUCAAGCACCGUUGAUGCUGUACGGCUCGUCAGUGAGAGGAUGGUGGAGUUGGAGUGUAUAGUAGGCAGUGGAAAGGAAAUCGUCAGGAGGGUUGUAGUCAGACCUGUGGUGUGGGCGAUGAGAUGGGCUGUGGACGUGGCGUGGCCCACUGCCUCAAGGAGCGCGAGUAAUGCGGGACCGAAAAGUGUUGGUCAUGCUGGUGAUGAUGAGAGUUUAAGAACCGUUGCAGUUUCGGAAAAGGCUGUCAAGAGGCGUAUUCGAUGUGGGUCUGAAGUUUCCUCCUCAACUCUGACUGACAAUCCACCGAAAUCCAAAUCCUCAAGACAUAUCACCACCUCAGACUACGACGCAUUCCUAAGCAUGCUCACUACGCUCCAAACCGUCACUCAAUCCCUUAUUGCCCGCCUCGACCUCCGCCUCGACCACAAUCAUCACGCCAGAGACAUAGUCGUAUACCGUUCGACCGCGUAUCUUGUGACAGAAUGGGAAGAGGAAAGCCGAGCCACGGUCCAGUCUUUUGCGCACGUAUUCGUAUUUCUUGGCUUGGCUAAAACGCUGUUGAAGAACGGUGGUAUCGCUCGCUACGAAACAACCAACCUGGGGAUCAACCUAAGUUCCAUACGUGCCAUACUCAAUGGCCUAGUCCGCCCUCCACCUCCCUCUACGCCCUCAUCUCCAUCGUAUUCCGCUUCGUUCCGCAGCGGACGAACUACCCUCAUCGGGUCGAAACAUGAGAAGAGGUCGGACGGCAGUCACGAACGGGCUGUGGUCACAGCCAAAACAUCAGAGAACAACUUGCCACCGAUUGAAGAUACGAAGGACGCGUUAAAGCGGCUGGAAUGGACAAUGAGAGUGUUCGCGUUGCGGGAGAAAUUAAGUGAGGAGCAGAAACGGAAGAAUUACGAGGAACAUAGUCUUUGAUCAGUACUGUAGUGAAGUGACUCACUGUCCGUGUAUGAUUUACUUAUAGAGGCAGAGGCACCGAUUUUGAAACGAAUAUAUC